ACAAGUGUCAGUACCCUCUUUUACUAGCGGCUUUCAGGAAUGCCACCUCCGCACACGUUAUGCAGACGGCACGUGGGGGGAAACGAGCAACAAAUAUAAAAUCGGGCUUGGACCUAGACUUCACGUCUACAUAUCCGCUCAAUCACCUGGUCAGUUGGUCAGACUUGACCUGCGCCCUUGUGAAUAUAAUCAGUUGUAUGACCAAUCCAGCUCUUUCAGUCAACUCUAUCAAACAUACUAUAAUCAGAUGAAUCGCAAAUACGAUCCGGGUUUCUUUAGGUAUCCCGGAACGAACUAUCCAAGGUUCAAUGAUCUUGCCAAGUUCACGAAUUAUUUUUUUGGUAAAGAUUUGUUCCGUGUGUCAGCGCCACUCAAGGAGCCUCUGCCGCGCGGCGGCGCCAUCUACGACUUUGGACAGUAUCUAACUCCUGGCUUUCAGCGAAUUCCACUGCUCCUGGGCAACGAUAUGACUUCAUAUCAUAUUCGAUGGCUUUCUUUCGACCCAGCUCAGGUUAACGGGAGUGUGAUCCGUUGUGCAACACAAGACACCAUCGUCAACGAGCAGGUUGUGAUGGAGAAGCUCAACGUCUUCGAGGCCCAGAUUGGGGAGCCAUUGGUGGUUCCGAUGAUAUGUCAUCGAAACUUUUGGCAAAAAGACACUCACUGGUUCAGCCACCAAUCCAAGACGGUUGUCCCCCAGAACAAUGGUCGCAUUCGCUUCGACGUUGCGAAUUACAUUGACCAGCUUCUUCAUGUGGAUAACUUCCAGGUAGCAGAUAAUAACUCCGUCUACUUCUGUUGCCAUAAAGACAGCUGUUCCUCAGCGCCGGCCGAUGUCGGAAAAUUCGAUUCCUCAAACUUCCUGUUUCAGGUCACCUUGCGGACUCGAGCGCCACCCGUGACACCCAGUAUCCUGGGCGUGGCUAGCUAUCCGUCGGCGACUAGCGUGGUCCUAUCGGGCACAUCACAAGUGGAUGGCGAUCGCGGACGAUACUUUCUCUUAUCCUGCACUGGUUACACGUUUUCUGGGCCCGAUAGUAAGCCAGUACCGUUCUCUGCAAAGAUCCGUGCCAAUGUAACCGAUGGUCUUAAGGUCCCCAACGACUGGAAUCUCACUGUCACAGGCUUGACGCCGAGUUCGGCCUACGUAUGUACCGCGAAGGCAGGACAUUACAAGGCCUUGUCUGAAUCGGGGAACGCGUUCCGCUUCACGACGGCACCGCAGUACAAGGCGUAUAUGCGUCCAAAUGAAGUCCGGACCGAUUUCUGUCCGUUUGGCUUUAUUGUGUACGACGUUAAAACCAACCUGCCCUGGGAUCACGUCCAGCGGUACAGUGUACAGCUUCGACCGGACCACAGCAACGGCGUCGCUAAGAACCAGAUCGUCAUGACGUUUGGUCCUCGGAACAAUGGCACGCACGUGCGUUGCGGCACAGCCAACGUCACCAAGUUUGAGAUAAUCUACGUUGCACGAGACUUUUGCACUCCGUUUAACAGCAGCGCGGGCAGUACCCUUGGGGAGCGCGAGAUCAAGUUGAAGCUGGGCGGAACGUACACAGCAGCAUGCCGCAGUGGCUAUCAGAUCCUCGGCGCGCACACAGUCACCUGCCGGAACUUCACGCUGAGCAACGAGGCACCGCUGUGCGUGCCGGUCACCUGCGACGUCUACUCCCAGCCGUCGCAGAUCGCCAACGGCUUCCAGCUGACUCAGCUGCCGCCGAGCGGUCGCUACGCCGUCGGAACGAGCGUGUUGUACGCGUGCGAGUACCACUACGAGUUUGUGAGCUCCGUGGGCUCUGUCAGCUGCACCAUGAACUCGUCGUCCGGGGCCGUCUGGUCACAGCUGCCUUCAUGCAGAGCUAUCGACCCUUGCCAGUCUGCGACGUGCCCGGGGAAUGCAACGUGCACGCCGCAAGGAUUCCCCAACUACAAGUGUACGUGCCCCGCUGGGUACUACCACAACGCCUUCCACGGCGCUUGCAUGGACAUUGACGAGUGUCAAAAGGCAACCGACCUCUGCCCCGUUCGCCCUCACUUUGGUUGCAAGAAUACGAUUGGGUCAUAUUCGUGUGACUGCGUUCAGGCAGCGCGUAGAGAAUAUCGUCCCAGAACCAGUCCCAGCAGCAAAGAAGUGUUUGACUGCAAGGUUGACUGCAACUACACCAUAGCCAACCUAGGCACAUUCGUCUUGACUCUCGGCAGCCAUCGCACUCUGCAGUGCCCGCUCGGCCACAAGCCUGUUGCUCCAUUCACCAUCAGCUGUGGCCCGAAGGCCGAGCUAUCCACAUCGCAGCCCCAGUCUUGUACACCGAUGACCUGCCCCGACAUUGGGACCGGUCUGACAAACUACAACUUCUCGCCGACCAAGAUCAGUGCGAACUACUCCCUGGCUGGACCGCACCUUGUCGGGGCCAGCGCCUCGAUUUUCUGCGACCCGUCCAGCAACGAACGGCUGGAGCUGCAGCUGAUGCCCCGCUUGCAGUCGUUCGCAGCAACUCUUGUCUGCACGCUCCGAACCGACCGCAUCCUGGAGGAAAACGUUUGGGUUUCCAGCCCCGGCUCACCGUUCAGUGACGUAUCGGGCGUGCGGUGCUCGGAUUCUUGUGAGUUCUCUCGGGCCAUUCCUAACGGCUACCUGGCCAGGACACGAGGUGGACAGCCAGCCGACGUAAGAUGCAACACGGGCUACGCCCUGCGCAAACACGGUGACAUCACGUGUGGUGGUGCCAGCAGUCCUUUCUACACCUACACGCCUCUGGCUAACGGCAACCUGCCUUUCUCCUGUGUCUCCACCAACCUGUGCAAGUUGAAUGCAUCGUAUUGUCCGACCAAAUCGGACUGUGUCUACCAGGGCGAUGGAGCUGGCGCUACCUGUACCUGCGCUGAUGGGUUUGCCUUCGACACCGAGAAAUGGCAGUGUGUUGAUGUCGAUGAGUGUCUGCAGGUUAAACUUGAUCCAUCAUCGAAGAACUGCUCUGCGUUUGCAGUGUGUCAGAAUUCUCCCGGUGCUUUCACGUGUUCUUGUCCGUCGCACUACAGCGGUGAUGGGUCCAAGUGCACGCCCGUGGACUACUGCCAGUCGGGUGUGUGCCCAUCGCACGCUCACUGCUCUAACGACUACACGUCGACCGCAGGCUAUGUGUGCACCUGUCCUCCGGGCCACAGCGGCCCCCGCUGCACCGACAUUAACGAAUGCAGCAACGCCGACGGCACGCCGAGCAACGUGUGCGCGAGGGCCGUGUCCGUCUGCAUGAAUCAGCCGGGCAACUUCUACUGUGCCUGCAAGCACGGGUAUAUCCUGGACGGGACCGGAACGAACUGUGUGGAGGAGGACGAAUGUGGACGCGGACACCACGACUGCGCACCGCUGACCGGAGCAUGCGUCAACAUCGUCGGCAGUGGCCAUAACUGCUCCUGUGCUGCGGGCUACCGGGGAGAUGGCAUCACCUGCACCAAUGAGAACGAGUGCACCCUGGGUCUACACAGCUGUGGCUCGAAAGCGCAGUCGACCUGCUUUGACACCCCAGGCUCCUACGCGUGUGUUUGUGCAAACGGCUACCAGGAAAGCGCACAUGGACAGACGUGUCUGGAUAUGGACGAGUGUUCGACCGGUGCGCACACGUGCAACACACAGACGGGUAUCUGCCACAACUUGCCUGGCUCGUUCACCUGCACGUGUAGGCAAGGCAACGCCAUCGACUCGUGUGACGACGCGCACCACUGCGGCACGGGAGCACAGAGUUGCCAUCGUAACGCCGACUGCAUUGCUGCUGGUACUGCUGCUGGCAGGAGUUACUCCUGCAAGUGCAAAUCUGGGUACGAGGGAAGCGGCCGGGUCUGCGGAAACGUUGACGAGUGUCUCGUGGGCACGCACGCGUGUUCGCCGCACUCUAACUGCUCCGACACAGACGGUAGCUAUGUAUGCUUCUGUCGGGCCGGCUUCAAGCGAGACUCCGCCACGGGCAAAUGUAUUAAUGUAGACGAGUGCUCCGUGGCCGCACCAUGUGGUUUUGGUGCCGCAUGUACAGAUACGGAGGGAUCCUUUCGCUGCGAGUGCGCUGCAGGGUUCCAGCUGCGCAGCGGCAGUGUUCGCAUCUGCGACGAUUACGACGAGUGUGCCGCCGGUAAUCACAACUGCGGCCAAGGCACCACCUGCGCCAACACGGGCGGAGGAUUCGCGUGUCCGUGCUCGCGCCUGUCCGGCUCUCGCCCGCUCUUCAACCAGACCCACCACGUCUGUGUGGACGUGAACGAGUGCUCGGACGGCACACACGUCUGCAGCGUGCACGCCACCUGCGACAACACCGCGAUGCCGUACUCCUGCACGUGCCGCACCGGGUACGAGGGCACUGGGUUUGAGUGCUCGGACUACGACGAAUGUAGUGCUGGCGUGCACACUUGCACAGCACCACGCGCCCACUGCAGCAACGUGCAGGGCAGCUACGCAUGCACGUGUGCGCCCGGCCGAGAGCUGGACGCGAGCGGCUCGUGCGCUAACGUGGAUGAAUGCGCUCGCGGCACUCACUCGUGCCACCAGGGUCAGAAGUGCACGGACACCAGCGAUUCCUUCACCUGCUCGUGCAAUCCUGGUUACGUCGGCGACGAUUGCAAAGACGCCGACGAAUGCGUCUUCAGUCCAUGCGCUCAGAAUGCCGAUUGCGUGAACCUGCCCGGCACCUACCAGUGUAAGUGCAGCUUUGGAUAUACGGGGGACGGCACCCAGAACUGCGUCGCCGUCGAUCUGUGCUCGCUUCACGGCUGUAGUCCGCACGCGGCGUGUGUCCGUCCUGGCGUUGCCGCGACGGGUGGCUCGCCGACAAGCGAUCGUGUCCAGUGCAACUGUCUGCUUGGCUUUACGGGCAACGGAACUCACUGUGCCGACAUUAACGAG